AUGGAGGCGCAGUUCCAGGCAUGGUCAAGGGGGCAUCAGGUUUCGGAGCAGGCGCUGGCAGCCCGAAGCCUGCUGGGCGCCGGGAGCGCUGAGUGCAAGAAGGAGGCGGCGACGCCCAUCACACAGCAGGUGGCGGCGGCAGCAGCUCGUGUUCAGAGGGCUCCAGCAGCCUUCGUCAACCUGGGAGCGCAGCAGGUCAAGACGGCCCUCGGGCUCGAGAGCGUAAGGCAGAAACUCCAGGAGGCGGCCUUCAUGCUGGCGACGGCGGAAAAGGAGCGGGCGCAGGUGCUCAAGGCGGGCAUCCCUGCCAGCGCGAGCACG